AUGCAGUCAGUCACAACAAUAAAUGGGUCAACACUCGAGCUCAAACCCUGCAGCCAUCCUCUCUUGGUGACGGCUCAUGAGACCGUGCAGAAUAUCCUUGAACAUGUGGGCAAGAAAGCGGCGGUACAGCGAUGUAAUUUAUUCCAUAUUAUUGAAAGUACGUGGAUAGUCGUGGAGCACCAGUGGCCACAAGGAAAUGAAGGUCAAUGGUUUAUUUUGCCAACAUGUAUACGCCAUGUUCAGGACGACACAGCCUUUGUUGUGACGCGCGAUAUUCUAUCUAAUUCAUCUACUGAUUUGGAGUUCUUCAAGGUCAAUGACAUUGCGAGUUUGUUAUUGGUGCCGAUUCGAAAUCCAAAAGUACCUUCAAUUACUAUCGGCUUUCUAUCAUUUACUUCCAAUGUUCCACGAGAGUGGACACCAGGAGAUAAGGUACUCUUAGAAUUGGCUCGAGAUCUGGUUAGCACGACUUUGUGUCAUCCAGACAUCUUCAUCAAUCUGGAUCACGAAAUAGUCCAUCUUUCUGCGACAGAAGUACAUGCUCGUCUUUCUAAUGAGCAGCAUGCUACCGUGGAUCAAAUCGUUGUUUUAUUUGAGAAAAUUCGUCGUCAGUCCAAGAUCAAAGAUCUUUGGAUGUCCUUUGGCAUGAGCGCUUUCAAGAACAAACUUGCACGCUUCAUCAUAUCGAAUCAAACAAUUGUCAUGGCUCUGCCUGCUUUCCCGUUUAAGAGCAGGAACACCAACAGUAACGUCAUCGGUACACUUCCCGAUAUGGGAGAGGUAUUGGCGCUCGCGAAUUUGAAUUUAUUUGCACUACAAGUGAGCGAAGUGUAUCCACCAGGCUGCAAAAUCCUUGUAGUUAGUGACGGUCGUGUUUUCAACGACUUGUAUCCUGUUUCUGAUGUUACUGUCUCUGUCUACACGCGUUACAUACACUCACUAGGUCAAGGACAACUGCAAUUUAUUGGACUAGAUCAAAUGUUUUCAUCAUCGACCGAAAACCAAUUCAAGAGGGAUGCGAUUGUUCAGUUGUACGGCGGUAAUGUCGAGACCGUAAAUAGAAAAUUAAAAGAAGAUGCACACUUUCAUCAAGUUUAUAUAGCAUUCAAGAUACAUCUUCGUAAAGAUAUCGGCGAACUGAGACGACCAGCGGCAGAGAAAGCGAAAAUAAUGAUGAUACGUAAUGAUAGUUACAGCGAGCUGGUCCGACUUUUGUUUCCACAUCACGUGCGUCUGUCCAUUCAUGACCAUAGUAGUGCAGAAAAGAUUAGUGUGCAUCUUGUUGGAGACAGCAUUAUCACACCUUGGCAUGGGGUGGCGAUGAAGCAGAAGGAUGGAACCUGGACGAUUACGAGAAAAAAAACAGCGCUGGAAAUGGGUUGCGUCUUAGAAGAUGCAAUGAGUUCAACUAGUCGCGAAGACAUUCUUUGUAAUGACCUAAAAUCGCUCAACAUAACACAAAAUCAGUUCUUUUCAUCGUUGCCGUUUUAUCGCGAGAUUUGA